AAAGCAAGAUAAUUAUAAAUCUAUAGUUAGUGUUCAGUUUAGAAGUUCUAACUUCUAGUUGUCGCUUAGCUUACUUGUCGCAAUUUAAUGAGAUAUUAAUUAAACGGUUAAAAUGCAGAAAGUGAUUUUUAUAUGUAUUUUUGCGAUCAUCUGCCAAACAGUAUUUACUGCUGGGUACGAGAGAACAUGGAUUUUACGCCAAAAACGAAUGACAAGUGAUGAUGAAUGCCGAACUCUCCUUCCAAGCCCAGAAAAGAAAUUACCUACAUGUUGUCAAAUGCCAAAUAUAUUACCUGGUUUGGACAAUGCUUGGGAAACAUGUUUUGAAAAGUUCAAACAAUUCAAGGAUAAACCUGAAACAAAAGAAUACAAAGAAAUGGCACAUGGAAAAGAGCCACCAUGUCUUUUCCAAUGUAUUUUCAUGCAAUCUGGAUUAACUACUAAUGAUGGAAAACUUAAUGAAGAUGCUAUUAUAAAAAAGAUGGCUGAAGGAAUGAACAAUGACGAAAAAUGGAAGUCUAUAUGGCAAAAUACUCUCAAUAAAUGCUUUAAUGAUGUUAAACAAGAAGAAAAAAAACAAGUUAUAAUGAUGAAUACUCCUGCAGGAAGAUUGAUGAAGUGUUUCUUAAGAGAUAUUUACAUGAACUGUCCCAAAAAUGUAUGGAUUGAAAGUUCAGAAUGCAUGAAAAUGAAGGAUUUGGUGCAAAAAUGUCCAGAAAUGCCCCCACCGGUUUUCCAAUCACCACCUAAAUUAAUUUAAUUUAGAAAUUUACUCAUUUAUAAUAGUUAAGUACUUUUUAAAAAUUAAAAAAAAUACUUACUAGAUGUUGAAUACAAUGGAUAAAUGGUUUUAAUAUUACAAAUAAAUAAUAAACGCAUUAGAAUUUAAAAAA